AAUAAAGUUACUGAGAUUAGAAGAAGAAAAAAAAAAAGGUGCAAUUAAGAAAGUUUUUGUGCGGGGAAAGCUUGGAGCAGUGGUUCUCAUGGCGGUUCCACCAUCGGAGACCGAAUCCAGCGAGAAGAUAACAUUCCUUUCACUUUCGCAUUAUUACUCUCACUACCUCCGCAAUCGAAUCCAUGCUCUCUAUCCCUUCUUCUCCAACUUCGCUUCUCGCUUCCGAUCAACCCACCGCCGCGAAUGCUUCCCUCUUCCGUUACCCUCCUUUUCUCUCGACUCUUCCACGCUCGUCACCAAGGGAUCUAGAGUGCAUUUUGUUUUGGAGGACAUAAUAGGGCGUGCUCUGGUAAAUUUGCAUAGCAUCCAAAAGAAUCUGCAGUUCUGGCAGUGUAGAGCUAAGAGGUCUGAUUCUACGAAGGCACGUUUCAUGAUUUUUGAGAGGGGUCCAAGGGCUUUUAUCGAUGAAACGGUUAAGUUGUUGCGUGGACGCACUGCUCAAGGUUCCUCCGUAAAAAAUCUGUGCCAGUCUGCAUCGGAUUAUAUCGAUGAGAGAGUAGCUGUUUUGAGUAGCUUAAGAUAUUCGCUCGCCACAUUUUUGGCUCAGGUUUAUACGGAAGUUGAUAAAAUUGGAGAAGAGUUAGUGGCAAAUCCAGAGAGUAAGCUGCCCUCGUUGUUGGCUACAAUUAACGAUUUGUUUUCAACAUUAGAAGCUUCAAUUGGACAUCUACAUACAAUGCGUCAGAGUGAUUCUUCUGUUGAUGGGAGCUAUUCAGUCCCUUUGCUGUUUGAAAAGAUGCCAGAAAUAAAUGAGGAGGGGUCCCAGUGGACAGACUGUGAAAUGAGAGAUGCCAUUAAUUCUGUUUAUCAAAAUUUAGACAAGCUGGACUCAUACAUAUCUUUUCUUGUCAUCAAACAUAGAAAACCAAGAAAAAUAACCCAAUAUUGGAUCCGCUAUGCAUGUGGUGCUGUUGGUCUGUCAGUAUGCUCCAUUUGGCUCUUGCGGCAUAGUAGUUUGAUGGGAAGCUCUGAUCUUGAUAAUUGGAUUCAGGAAGCUAAGAACUCGACAAUAGGCUUUUUUGAGAAUCACGUAGAGCAACCGAUUUUGUCCAUUAGGGACGAACUUUUUGACACUUUCAGAAAGAGACAUCAAGGUAUUAUGGACCAUGAAGAAGUGAAGUUAACAGCUGACUCACUACACAGAAUGUUGCUGGCUUUCAGUGAGCAGGCAAAGGGUCAAAAGUUCCCAGUGAAUGCUUCAGAUCAGGAAAUGCUUGAGAUAGUCAUGUAUAGAUAUGAGAAGGAACUCAUGCAUCCUAUUCAAAACAUUCUCAAUGGAGAGCUGGUCCGAGCUAUACUUAUUCAGGUUCAGAAGCUCAAGCUAGAUACUGAGACGGCAAUGCUAGAGCUGGACCAGAUCCUUCGGGCAAAUGAAAUCAACUUUGCGGUUCUGACUGCUUUACCUGCAUUCUUUCUCUCUCUCUUACUCAUCAUGUUAGUACGUGCAUGGUUCAAACAGGAUACCAAAGCUGAGGGAAGAGGUAGAGUUGCUAGGAUUCAGAGGAGGCUUCUUGUUGUAGAGGUUAAGAAAAGGAUUAUGCGGUACCAAAUUUAUGUUGAUCAAGGCUUGGAGAGAGAUGCAAAAUAUAUGUUUGGAUUGGUACUCUACAGCUUGGAUCGCCUAUAUCAUUCUGUCAAGUGGCACGCUGAAGCUUCCGGAGAGUGGGAAUGUUUGCGUCAGGAUAUAAUAGAUUUGGCUAACCCUGGACUGCAAACUGCAAACAAGCUUUCUGUGAUAUCACACAUGGUUGCAUUUGACUGCUUGCUUCCAAGUCAAAACCGCCGGUAGCAUAUUGUAGUUUACUGUUUUUUCUUAAUUUUUUAACGAUCUUUUUCUUGCUACUUCAAAAUCCAAUUUUGUUGUGGAUGUAUGCAUGUAUUCCUCAUACACGGUGACAUUUUAUCACCACAGUAUGACAACAUUUUUUUGACAAUUUUAUCGAUUGAAUACAAAUCAUAUUAUGGAGGAUGAUAUAUUUUCA